AUGCACUAUGCAGAUACCGCAGAGAACGUUAUCCUAUCGUCCAGUGGGGUGGUAAAGCUGUGCGACUACGGCAGUGCGACUACCAAAGCUGUGCGGCCCACCGAGGAUUGGUCGCAUCAACAGCGAGCCAUUCUCGAGGAUGAGGUGCAAUGCAGCACAACCCCCUGUUACCGCGCUCCCGAGAUGAUCGACUACUACUCCAACCACGAGAUUGGUACAAAAUCAGACGUAUGGGCCCUGGGGUGUUUUCUUUACUUCAUAUGUUACUUUGACCUGCCGUAUGAUGAUAAUAAGCUGGCGAUUGUGAAUGCCAAGUAUAAGACACCCAACGAACAUUUGUUGAUGUUCGCUCCCUUCCUCCCGGUCAUUCGAAGUGUUUUUAAAACAAAUCCUGAUGCCAGACCGUCCGUGUCGCAGAUAAUAUGUCUGCUGGAUAAUAUUGGCAAAGAUAAAGGACUCGAUCCUAACAAACCACCCUUCGAAGAUUUCAGACGCAGAAUAUCAGUAAGCGCAGCCCCGACCAUCCCAACUGAACCGAUCCAACAGGGAAACAACAAGUCAUCCUGGAUUGGAUAUCUGAAAGGUGGGGCGGAAAACAUUUUGAAGGAAGCAAAGUCCGCAUCAGAAAAAGUCGUUGGAGCAGUUGUGCAAGCUUCAAGUAUGUAUAAUAGCGAUAAGAUAGACGAGGGACAGCUCAUAGUUACCCAAGUAACGAGUCGAGUCAUGGCUAUCUCGUUCCCUGAUCCUAGUACCAUUGAGACUGUAGAGGAGAUGGUCAGGCAAAGAUAUGCAAACUCUGCUUACUUUAUUAAUCUCACUGAAAACGAUUAUAUGAAAGAGAGUUUCGGCGGAAGGAUGCUGAACGCUGGAUGGAACCCACAAUUCCCACCAGCCAUGAAGGCCUUGUGUCACGUGGUUGAUGUCAUGGACAGAUGGCUUCUUGUUGCUCCUGAGAACAUUGUCAUCGUUCAUUGUCCAAAUGGAACUGGAAACACCGCCCUACUACUAGCAACAUAUUUCCUGGCAUGUGGUCUGUACAAAUCGUCUGUGUCGGCUCUUCAGUACUACGCUAACUGCCGCUACAUGGCUAAUCCCAGCUCUGGGGGUAUCAUCAGUGCUAGUCAGAAACGGUACGUGGAGUACGUAGAGUCAAUGCUGUACAACACCACUCUUCAAACUCACACCAGCACUGUUAUACUUGUUGACCUCUCCCUUUCCUCCGUCCCUCUCUUCAGUGUAAACAGGUCGAACUGCAAACCCUUUCUGGAGGUGUUUGAAAACGGAAAGAAGAUUUUAUCAACUCUGCGAGAACCUGAUGUCAUGAGGACGUACUCACCAGAAGACGGGGUGAUAGACUUGUCUAUAAACAUGGGAGUUAGUGGAGAUAUCAGAGUAGUCGUGUACCACGCGCGCAACUUUAUCGGAGGAAAAAUGUCUGCCAUCAAGAUGUUCCAAAUCUGUUUCAAUACUUCCUUUUUGGAUCCGGAGUGCGCUUCUUUGAGACUGCCUAAGUCCCGACUGGAUGGAAUAGGACGAAACGAAUCUAAAUUUGAGGAAACCUUCGUCGUUUCAAUAUCGUUAUCAGUUCAAGGGAACAGCCCGUCACGUGACAAACCGUACAAUAUAAACACCUCGUCCCUGGGUAUAAAACCGCCGGUGUGUUGUAGCAAUAAUGAGGAAUUCAAUAGGAUCAUGAGCAAGACAGCCGACAAAGGAUUUAAAAAGGCGGACUCUCGACAUUCCAGCGUGUCAAGUGUAAAUGCUAAGACAAAACCUAAGGAUAUCGUCUAUGAAGAUGAACUGGAAGAUUCUUUCGAUGAAUAUGAAAAUAGUCAAACUGAAGACAAAUUGAUCAACCUGAUGGGAAGUGUAGCCGAAGACAAACCAACCCCAAUGUCUGAUCCAAUUUCAAGAAAAUCUCCCAGCAAACACGAGAAUAACGUUUUACUGGACUUCCUCGCUCCCUCUGCAACUACCAGUAUGGUUCAGAGUAACAGUGCCCCAAACUUAGCUGAGAUGGGAGGUAAAGCUCCGGCCAGACCAUCUGCACCUGCGCAAACUGUCUCGUCUAAUAAUGACGAUUUCUCGAACUUCUUCGCCGCAGCUCCAGCUCCAGCUCCAGUACCCUCAGCACCUAAAGCCGCCCCAAGUCCCGGGCACCAACGUAACCAGAGCAUUAAUCUCAUGGAUAUAAAGGGUGAUGCUGACGAUUUGAUCGACAGCUUUGAUAUGCUCGGAAGGCCUAAAGUAGCCGCUCAAGAAUCGAAACCUACACCCGCCGCCGCACCAACUAUGCAAAUGUUUGAUCCGUUCGGAGCCAGUUUACCGAUGGCCUCGGCACCCCCACAACCAACCAUGCAACCACAAGACCCCUUCUUAACCCCCGCUCAACCAAAGUCUCAGAGCUUCACAUCUAACCACAUUCCUUCUCCUAUUCGCCCUCAGAAACUCGGUGCUACAUCAUUAAGUGGGAGCAGCAGUCCGGUCGGAAGCAGAUCUCGUAACGUCUCCCCCCGUAACUCACCCAGUCUCAACCGCAAGACUAACGACCCUUUCUCAGACUUCCGUCUGGAUUCUAAGACUGCCCAGAUACAUUUCGACAAGCCAGCGGCCUCAACCACACCAAUGGCUCCGAACCCAACACCCUACCAACAACCCAGACCCACCACCCAAUCACAUCAGCCUUCCUAUUCCUCUCGUCCUAAUUAUUUCGCUUCAACUCAUGCUUCUGGUUCAGUAUUCGGUAACGAAAAGCCCUGGCAACAGCACACUUCAUCUGCUUCAAAAGAUGCUUUUGGAGACCUGUUAUCAGGACAGAAGUUCACCUCCCACGCCGCCGCUCCUAAAGCAACUCUCAUGGAACAAAGGAGAGAAGAACUGGAGAGGACGACAGACCCGGUCAAGCUAAAGAUAAUGGACUGGUUGCGAGGAAAAGAAGGUAAUAUCCGAGCUCUCCUAUCUACGCUGGGUGAUGUGUUAUGGGACGGUGAAGAUAGGUGGCCUAAACCGGGCAUGCAUCUCAUGAUAGAACCAAAUCAAGUUAAGAAAAUGUACAGAAACGCCAGCCGGGUUGUUCACCCUGACAAGCAAAUCGGAACAGACCACGAAGACUUAUCUGUAGCAAUACAAACUGAGCUAAACGACGCCUACACCGCCUUCGAGGAGGCGGAACUGCAGUAAUCAUUCAGUGUUCAUGCACCAAGUGCCUGGUGGAUGUAUUUGUGUACCGUGUACCCUGUGUAUAGUGUUGUUCAAAUCGAGAGAGUCUGGAAUGAGAAAACACCAAGUGGAAUGUACAUAAAUAGUGUGUUGAGUCGAAUUUAAGUUGGCAUCGAUUUUGUACCGGCAUGGUCUUUUACUAGGCAUGGUUUAGACCUAAUUUUAAAAUUUCUUUUAAAUGUGAAUCUCUUAAUAAUGUGUAAUUAAAUGAUAAGAAUGAGGUUGCUAGUCAACGAUUGAUUUGUUUACGAUUUUGCAUCAUAAGUUUUAAAUGGAAUUAUAAUAGAAUUGGGGAGGCCGAAUGAUUAUGUUAUUUGGCGAUUUUACCAUUUGAGGAAAGGGGAGGAUACCUCGUCCCUUUUUGAACUGGCCUUUUCAAUUUUAGGUUGUGAAGAUAGACCAAGGCAAGGUCGGGGCAAUUUUCGUUUGUUCCAUUUAAGGUAUUUCAGUCAACC